AUGGUGGACACGGCGGGCGAUCCAGUGGAAGCCGAAGGGAUUAGCACGGUGAAGCUCACACUCCGGGGGAAGUUCAACCAUCCCCUAGUGUUGAAGAAUGUGUAUUUCGCGCCGCGUAUCGGGAUGAACCUAAUCAGCGUGCCGAAAUUACUACGAGACCGCUAUUCGGUGGUAGCACACCCGCAGAACGUCUUUGUGCAACGCCGAGGACGAACCGUGGGGACCGCCUACUAUACGGAGGAGGAUCUAUUGAUCCUGCGGUGCUAUGUGAGCUAA